AUGGAGACACCAUGUUUUACGAAUCUGCUUCAGUUCUUUCUGACAUUUCUGAUCAUAAAACCGUCUAAUUCGAAAAUCAUUAAAUGGUCCUCUGAUUUAAGCAAAUUUCCGCAUCCUCCGGAGUCGUUCGGGAAUCUACGGGAAUUGGCGAGUGAAUUCCAAGGAUGGGAUCGACUAGCCGAGUUAAAUGGUUGGAAAAAAGUUCCUGACAAUUUCAGUGUUAAUGGAACGGCAUUGGAAGCAGAUGUCGAGCCUUUGGAAUGUGUUCUUCACUUCGAAGGUAACUCUUGCUUCAACUCGUGCGGUAUGUUUCGAAGUUUUUUUUGCUCCUGCGACGAAUUUUGCUACAUUUACCACUCUUGCUGCAACGACUACGAACAGAAUUGUCUGAAUGAAAGUAAACGUAGCUUAGAUCGUUAUGGCAAGUUCAUUGGAGUUCCUAUAGAUUGUAUCUCUUUGAAAGUCGGUUAUGACGUAAUUUCCGGUUGUCCAGAAGCGGCAAACGUCACCCUGUCGCAAAGAUGCAGGGAGGCGGGAGCAGAACCGCUGUCCGUAAUCCACACUGGACUUCAUUUUAAGAAUAUUUUUUGCAUGCAAUGUUUUGAUGUGAACGAACCAGUAGAGAAGUGGAAGAUCGCCGUUGGAAUGGACAGACGAGGCAAACGUUCCGCAAAGUCUUUCGAUCUCAGCAUGCUGUUCCGUAAUCAAAUUACGCAAACGCACUCGUGGGAAUUUACGUCCAAGUAUCUGACUCGACAGUGUGUUCCUGGGGCGAUCAGCAGGUGCCCGAAGAAUACACCAAUCAAAGAACAGAAACUUUGUGACUAUGCUCGGCAUCCUUUUAAACUUCAGUAUCAAGGCAGCACGAAUCUGGAACUGUACAAUAACGCAUUUUGUGCGGAUUGUAAUUCCCGUUUUCUCAAAAAUGUUUCUCAUUGUUCCUUCCUGGGUAACGAGUAUUUCAGAACAAGUAACUCUCAUCUGUUCAAAAUUCUGAUGUCUCUGGAAUCGCCCGACAGCAUCAUUGUAACCACCAUAGAAAAGACGGCCCUCUUUCCAUGGUCGAAGAUCAAGUGUAACAGUAUUGUGGAUGACGUACCAACAGGUUGUCACAUAAUGGACUGCAAGGACUCUUACGAAUUCGUUAACGGCGAGUGCGUUAGAAAGAAGAUCGAAUAUUCAGAGUGCUUUUUGUUGAAUUUUUUAUUAACGAAGGAACAAGCGGCCGAUCCGAAUUUCGAAAAAUUUAUCAAUGACAUUUUAGUGGUCACUGAAGACUUUCUGAAAGGGAUGAAUUUAACGAUUCAGAAUUACACCUUGGAUUCCGCUCCGUUGCUAAUGUCCGGAAACGUAAGGAUCGUAUUGCGCUACAACUUGGUGUGGAAAUGGAUUCCAGAUAUCAACGUCUUCAUCUCCUACGUAGAUUAUUUGGAAAGCCGAAAGGAAAUUUUUGAUUUAAAGGGAGAAUUAGGUAUCUGUACUGGCUCUCCGGAUAUAUUAAUGUGUUCGAUGGCCAAUUGUUUUUUGCUGUCGCACAAUAAGACCAUUCGUUUAGGUGGCGAUAUUGAAAUUAGCACUGCCAUGGCCAGGUCCUCUGUCAGCUGGCAUAAUUUCGUUAUGAUUCUUUUUGUUGUGUUGGUAAUUGAAUAA